AAGAUAUGAGAUGGAUUGAGUAGUUCAUAAAGAGUGUAGGGAGAAGAUGGGAUGAGAAGCAUUGCUUCAACCCCUGGAUUUAGAAAAAUCUCAAAAUCUAGAAUUUGUCAUUCUCCUCUUUAUUUACUUCCGAUUUCAAGACUUUGCAAUUUACUCAUUAUACUUUUUAGGAACCUUCUCAUUAAUUUGAACCUUGGAGGACAUUGUUUUCUCAUUCAAAGAACCCUUUUUGUAUGUCUAUAAAGGUUCUAGAUAAAUUCAUUUAAUUAAUAGACACAUGAACAUACUCCAUAGACACGUGAAUAUAUACCUAGCCCGUGCGAAGCACGGGGUAAAAAUUUGUUCACGCAAAAAGACCCAUGUUCCCCAUUCGUUUGAUUUGGUUUAGGGAUAUUAAUUUUAAAUUUUGCAUGUUAUCACUCACAAUUCUAUGUUGAAUUAAGGCAAAGAUAUAAUGCCUCCCUUUGAAGCAAAUCACUCACACAUCACAGAAGGUAAAUAAAUAGGCAAAAACAAACCACAUUUUUGAUGCAUAACUCUGAAUCUAAAGGCAGGUGGAUUCACUGGAUGACGUCCAACACACAAUUAUAAUUUGCGUUUGAGUUUCUUCUAAUUUCUGUUGCAAUGGAGUUACUGGUUUUUCACAUGAGGAGUUCGACCUCGCUACAAUUAAUGGUGUAACGUCAGGUUUGUAAAUUUCCUCCCAAUUACUCGCAAUUAAGAUACAUCAUUAUUUGAGUUUUUCCGCCUGCCCAGGUUGUCAUUUAUUUGAGAUUUUCUACCUGUCUAGGUUGAUUUUCUUCCUUUGUUUGUAAUAUAUAAGGAUGUUCGUGAGAAACAGGUGUGAGCAUAUAGUGAAGCAGAGGUGAGAUACGUAGAAAAAUAAAUUGCAGGUAUUUUUCAUGGAUCCUUUUCUUUCUUUUUGCAUUUUUUUUCAUUUCAAUUUCAUAUUAUACUCUGAGAUUACGAGAAUCUAUUUUCACAUCUCAAAGGUGUUUGACACGAUAAAAGGAAGAGGUGAGUUGAUUUGUUUUCAUCUAUUUAAUACACCACUUAUUACCUAGAUAUUCAACUUUCAUGGAACAAAUUGCAGGUAUUUUUCAUGGAUCCUUUUCUUUCUUUCUUUUGUCAAAUUAUUUUUUGCAAUGCUAAACUUAAAUGUUCUAUUGAAAAAUAAUGCACAUGCCUUCAACAACAUAUUCAUUAUUCUCACUCCCAUUUUUUUUUGCACAGCUGGGUUAUUCCAUUGAGGGGUUGGGAGCAUAUUUGCUAUACAAAGAAUUAAGAGUCUUAGGUUUGCCUAAAUUAUUGGUGAUGAAGUUGGAGGAUGUAUAUACAACUGUUGUUUGCUACACCUUGGUACCAAAAUCUAUACUCAAAUUUUGACCGGGUUGUCCUUUGUUGGAACUACACUUGAGUUUCAUAAGUUUGAAUAUAUCUAAGGAUGUUUUUUGGUUUGUUUGGCUAUUAUAUGACAAUUUUUCCUUUAUUCAUUAUUUUGGGAUGAGAUAAUUGGCGCUGUCGUGUUGUAGUCGUUGGAACACGAGAGUUGGAAUUUGGUUAUAAUGCUGGAUUUUUU